GAGCUGUUAACUUCAUCCCCGGUAUUACACGUUGAGUAAGUUGCCUGUCCUGGCGACUUCCACAAGACUGGGAUCACACUAAAUACUAGUACUUAAAGAUGGCUGCUGUUGUGACCAGCAGAGCAAUAGGAGCUAUAGUGGGAUCAGCUGUUGCAGAUGCGGCAGCACAGCCGCUGCACUGGGUCUAUGACCUUCAGAAGCUGGGAGGGAUCCUGGCUCAGGAUCCAAACCCGGAGUUCCGCUCAGAGUCUGCAAAUCCCUUCUACAGGAGGCAGACUGGCCAGCAGAGCUGCUAUGGAGACCAAGCAUAUGUCCUGCUGGAGUCUUUGUCUGAAUGUGGAGGUCUAAGCGUUGAUGAUCUGAAGCAGCGCACGUUAAAAUUCUUUGGGCCGGGAUCUGAGUAUGACACGCCUGCCAAUGAUCCUUAUCGGCAGAAAGACGGUCCGAGACCUCAGCUGCCCAUUGACGGACCGUGGAGACAUGGCAGUUUAAAAAGCUUCCUCAAGAAUGUGGAUUCUGGCAAAGAGGAGACGGGCUGUGAGACUAACUGUGAUAUGGAUGGGAUAGCUAAGCUGGCUCCCGUUGUGGCGUUUUACGCCGGAAAGCCGGACAUGCUAGAAAAUGUUGAGCAGGCCAUCCGAGUCACUCAGAACAAUGACAUGUGUGUUGCAGAAACUUUGGCAGCUGCCAGGCUCCUGGAGUAUUUCAUCCUAAAUGGUCCUGAUCCUAAAGCGCUGGAGGCCGUUGUGGAUCAGCUCAAUGACCCAAACAGAAAGCAGGCACAGGAUUUGGACAAAGCAGUCGUUGGGCACAUUAUUCAGGUGAAGGAGAAUUUAUCCAAAUCUCCCCAGGAGCUAAUUCCAACCGUCUUCUCAAACGCAUGAGGUUUGCCAGGUGCGUUCCAAGCAGCGCUCCAUGGGGUCCUGACAGCCAAGCAGUAUAAGCAGGCCAUCAGAGACACUAUGCGCUGUGGCGGAUGCACCUGUAGCAGAGGCUCCUUCAUCGGGGCUUGUCUUGGCGCUCAGGUUGGCCUGGAGGGAAUUCCUUCUUCCUGGGCCUCCAAAACCCAGCGAUACGAGUCUGUGUUGGAGCACAGCAAGAAGAUAACAAAACACCACCAGUAGUUAUUUAUCUGGCAGGCUAGGAACACUGUGGACGUCUGUUGAGCUUUCACAGAGCAGUCAAUGAAGGGUCCUGUCUCAACUGUCGACAGGUUGCGGAUGUUUGUUGCUUUUAUGAAAGUUUACAGAUUGUUCCGGUGUGUCCUGACGAUAAUACUUAGAUAUAUUAUUGAUCUGGGAGAACCUUCAGUGCUAUUUCUCCUCGUUAUUGCUUAACUCAGAACGUGCACGGUAUGAUUUGUAGGGUGUUCACAUUAUUUUUUGAGCUGGUUUAUUACCGACCCUUUUCUGGAGCUUGUUGACUUACCUGUGUGAUAAAUCGAUUGUGUGAAAUGGAAAUACUGUAAUACCUGCAAUCACUUUGUAUCGCUCUAGAUAUGCAUCGGUGUGGAUUAUACUAACAAACUGUCCAAUAAAGCAGCAACAAGACACAUUUUGCAUCAUUUUGACUGCAGGUUAUGCUAAAAUUCAUGUGGCUAUUAUUUUUCAGGGUUUACGGUUCCAGCUGUAAAAAUAUUACGACUUAGGAGCGGCAAGUUUAUGUGUUACCGAUGUUUUUAAAAUUUAUUUUAUUUGAACAAUGAAUCAAACAUUUAACAGGCUUUUUAAAAUUAUUUUGGUGGACUUCUGUCUUUCUCACAGAUUCAUAAUAUAUUUAUCUAGCGUUUUCCACUUCCAAUACCCUUGAUUAUUAGUAUUUAUGGG